ACAUCGCCCAUAUUGCAGCCGCCGCCGUGUUGUUAUUCGUACGGUGUGAUGUUGAUGUUUUGGCUCUGUUGGAGAGGCGUGACGUUUAAUGCUAGAUUUGCACAGAGGACAUUUGCCUUCUUCCCUUUUCCCGCUGCAGUUUACUUUUAAUACAGCUGGCUGAGAGAUGUCUGAAAGCUCCAGUGACACGGAGUCGUCCUGCGGAUGGACCGUCAUUAGUAAUGAGGGAUCGGAUAUUGAGACACUGGGGCCGGAUAAUGCUGGCGAGUGUGAGGAUGGAGUGGUUAGCCUGCCUUCACAUGUUCCCGAUGCCACACAGGUUGAGGAGAGUUUGGGAGAGCCUUCUCUCAACCUCACACUGCGAGCGGAGGCCACAUCUGAACCUGUCAGAGAGGUUGAGGCUGGUGCAGAAGAGCAUGUGAUUCUGUGCUCCUCCAGUGACAACUCGGACAUCAUCACCCUUGGAGAUGCUCGGGAGGCGGAGACUGAGGAGGAGCCUGUUGUUAAGAAGACGGAGGAAGCAGGAAGUGAGGAUCUCGGAAGCUCUUCCAGCAGCCAGUACACGUUUAGAGAGUCGGAGAAAACCUGGUACUGGAGUGUGUGGGGAUUGUCCAGGUGCGUGUGGGAAUACAGCAGUCGCUCUCUCUCAGUAUUCCCGGUGGAUCCUCCAGCGCAGCGAGAUGACAGUAACAGCAGCACUGAGGAUGAUGACGACGAUGAGACGAAGGCCAGUCCUGUGCUGAGGAGACGCAGAGUGAGGAGGAGCUCAGAGUCUGGAGACCCACAGGAGAAACACAGGAGAGCAGAGGAGGUUGUGGAGGAGAUUGCGGCUCAUCCGGACCCCCACGCAGCUCAGCAUGAUCUGGGUCCCGUCAGCAGCCCUCUGAACAAGUGUAUCCUGCUAGCGCUGCUCAUCGCCAUCAGCAUGGGCUUCGGACACUUCUACGG